AUUAUUGUUUGUUCACAGGGAUUGUCGCGUGGUGAGAGACCCGCAGACUUUGAAAUCGAAAGGCUACGGAUUCGUCUCCUUCCUGAAGAAAUCUGAGGCGGAAUCGGCUAUCACGUCGAUGAACGGGCAGUGGCUUGGCUCCAGGUCGAUCCGCACCAACUGGGCAACCAGGAAACCGCCAGCGCCCAAGAACGAGCUGAACUCCAAACCGCUCACAUUCGAUGAGGUGUACAACCAGAGCUCGCCGACCAACUGCACGGUGUACUGCGGAGGUCUCACCACCGGCCUCACUGAAGAGCUGAUGCAGAAGACGUUCCAGCCGUUCGGCACCAUCCAGGAGAUACGGGUGUUCAAAGAUAAGGGAUAUGCUUUUAUCAGAUUUUCAACAAAGGAGAGCGCUACCCACGCCAUCGUUGCAGUCCAUAACACCGACGUGAACGGACAGCCCGUCAAAUGCUCCUGGGGUAAAGAGUCAGGAGAUCCCAACAACGCCCAGGCUCAGGGACAGCUCGGAGGCACCGCGUACAGUCCAUUCGGUGCCGCGUACACCGCUGGUGGGGUACCCCCCACUUCCUAUUGGUACAACACCUACCCGCAGCAGAUCGGCGGGUUCCUGCAAGGCGUGCAGGGCCAGGGGUACACGUACGCUGGACAGUUCGCGGGGUAUCAACAGCAAUAUAUGGGCAUGGGCGGCGUCCAGAUCCCAUGGGCCUUGAGCGGCGGCGUUGGCGGAGUGGGGGUGUAGGGGGUCGCUGCUAUGUCCCAGCCACCUCAGGUGCUGCACUAUCCUGUGCAGCAUUUUCAGGUGCAACCUAUCGGGGAGGACGAGUGGCUCGCUCCGAGUCUCCUAGUGUGAGGCCAGAGGCCCGCCCCUGAGCCCGCCUGCAGCUGCGCGCACAAAGAAUGGAUAUAACUCUAAAAAUUCCACCAAAUUCUAUUUCCAAACGUUCCGCCAACGGCCAUAACUUACGUGAAACGGAACGAGAUUACUUUUUAAUCUGUCACCGUUCUGUUUCCCGCCAAAACUAACUGUCAAACAAAACGCGGGAAACGGAACGCAUCUCCUUUGUUUUGGUGGUAUGCACUUUAUUUUCGCGGUACGUGAGCGGUUUAUUGUUUAGCCCCCUUCAAUGUGAGUCACUCGGUUCAGCUUAUGACGGAAGCGACUUAAUUGUAAUUUUAGGUUAAGUAGAAUAGUUUAAUGUUAAGAAAUUAUCAAACACGCGGGCCAAUCGAGUUUAUCUCGCGGAAUAUGCCACGUCAGCACAAGAUUAGCGUAAGUUAGCGGAAAAAUAGA